AAUCACGUCCCAUUCACCCCGAAGUGAGGCAGCGACCCGAGACUCCCACCUACUUACAGCCAACAAAGAAAGAAAGAAAGAAAGAAAGAAAGAAAGGGGGCAAAAGCAGCUGGGAGUUCCGGCUCUAAUCCUUAUGCGGCGUACAUGAUCAACCUAGCCAAGCUUCCAUCUUGCUUCGCGUAACAGAGAAGAGAAUGGGUACUGCUUUCGGUGUCGUCGUUGCUGCGUUUCUUUUUCAGGUGCUAUUACUGUGUUCAUCCUUGUCGAGGGCCGCGACUUCUGACUCGAAUGUUCUUUGGAUUUCCGAUGAUACAUCUAGGGGCAAGCAUUCUGUUGAGUACUGUGCAAUGUAUGGCAUAUGUGGUGAACGGAGUGAUGGGAAAGUUCUGAACUGCCCAUAUAGUUCCCCUUCUGUAAAGCCUGAUGAGCUCCUAUCCGGCAAAGUUCAAAGUUUGUGUCCAACCAUAACUGGAAAUAUUUGUUGUACGGAGACCCAGUUUGAUACAUUAAGGGCACAGGUCCAACAGGCAAUACCUAUUCUUGUGGGCUGUCCGGCAUGCUUGAGGAACUUUUUAAAUCUUUUCUGUGAACUUUCUUGCUCUCCAAAUCAGAGUCUCUUCAUCAACGUGACUUCUAUCUCUGAGGUUAAUGGCAACAAAACUGUGGAUGGCAUCGAUUUCUUUGUCACUGAAACUUUUGGUGAAGGUUUAUAUAGCUCAUAGGAUGUAAAGUUUGGAACAAUGAAUACAAGGGCAUUAGAUUUUAUUGGAGCUGGGUCUAGAAAUUUUAGAGAAUGGUUUGAAUUUAUUGGUCAAAAAGUACCUCCUGGUGGUCCUGGUUCACCCUAUUCUAUAACUUUCAAGACAGCUGUUCCUGACUCAUCUCCAAUGGAACCUAUGAACGCAUCUGUCUAUUCAUGUACUGACACUUCACUGGGCUGCUCCUGUGGUGAUUGCCCUUCAUCUCCUCUGUGCUCUGGUCCUGAACCUCCUCCUGACAAAAAAGAGCCCUGCACUGUCAAAUUUGGAUCUCUCAAGGUCCGUUGCUUGGAGUUUUCAUUGGUGAUAUUUUACAUUGUAUUGGUUAUCAUGUUGGUUGGAUGGGUCUGGUUUCAAGGGAGAAGAGAAAGGGGGAGACUUGGCUCCAAUGCGGAGCCAUUGUUGAGUGACAUGGGCGCUAAUGAGCGCAAUGUCAGUAAUCUUCAAAAGGAUGAAAACAAUCUCAGAGAGGCGGGUUUUCAUGCAAGUGAUGAAAAACAACUCUCUCUUGUUCAAGGAUAUAUGUCCAGGUUUUAUAGGACUUAUGGAAGAUGGGCUGCUAGAAACCCCACUAUUGUUCUUUGUUCUUCAUUAGCAAUUGUUGUUUUGCUUUGUUUGGGCCUGCUUCGUUUUAAGGUUGAAACCCAGCCUGAGAAGUUAUGGGUUGGUCCUGGGAGCAAGGCAGCAGAAGAGAAACAAUUUUUUGACAGUCACCUUGCCCCGUUCUAUAGAAUUGAACAGUUAGUGAUUGGAACAAUCCCUAUGUCUAAGAAUGGCAAGCCACCAAGUAUCAUAACCGAGGAAAACAUCGAAUUACUUUUUGAAAUACAGAGAAAGGUUGACGAAAUUCAUGUUAAUUAUUCUGGUUCAUUGGUAUCUCUUGGUGACAUUUGCUUGAAGCCUCUGGGCCAGGACUGUGCCACCCAAAGCAUUCUGCAGUAUUUUCAAAUGGACCCUGAGAAUUAUGAUGACUAUGGAGGCGUUGAACAUGCUGAGUAUUGUUUUCAGCAUUAUACUUCUUCAGAAACAUGCUUCAGUGCUUUUAAAGCUCCCCUAGACCCAACCACUGCAUUGGGAGGGUUCUCUGCAAACAAUUUUUCUGAGGCCUCUGCAUUUGUUAUUACCUACCCAGUCAACAAUGCAAUUGCUGAAAUUGGAGAUGAAAAUGGCAAAGCAAUCGCAUGGGAAAAGGCUUUCAUCCAAUUAGCAAAGGAGGACUUGCUGCCAAUGGUGACGUCUAGAAAUCUUACUUUGUCAUUUUCAGCUGAGAGUUCAAUUGAGGAAGAACUAAAAAGAGAAAGCACUGCAGAUGUUGUAACGAUACUAGCAAGCUACCUUGUAAUGUUUGCUUAUGUAUCUGUAACCUUGGGAGAUAUGCCUCAUCUAUCAACUUUCUACAUAUCAUCCAAGGUUUUGCUUGGUCUUUCUGGCGUUGUGCUUGUUAUGCUUUCUGUACUCGGCUCAAUGGGAUUCUUCAGUGUCAUUGGAGUGAAAUCUACCUUAAUCAUUAUGGAAGUCAUUCCCUUCCUAGUUUUGGCUGUUGGAGUAGAUAACAUGUGCAUAAUUGUACAUGCUAUGAAACGGCAGUCUACAAGUUUGCCAAUAGAAGAGCGGAUAAGUAAUGCUUUAGGGCAGGUAGGACCUUCCAUUACACUGGCCAGCAUCUCUGAGAUUUUGGCUUUUGCAGUAGGAUCUUUCAUUUCAAUGCCAGCAUGCCGUGUUUUCUCGAUGUUUGCAGCUUUGGCUGUUCUGCUGGACUUUCUUCUGCAAAUUACUGCUUUUGUAGCAUUGGUGACUUUUGACUUUAUAAGAGCUGAGAAUGAUAGGAUUGACUGUAUACCAUGCAUUAAGGUGACUUCAGCCUCUAUACAACAUAAUGAAGGUGUAGACGUCAGGCAGCAAAGAGAUGGAUUGUUGACACGAUAUAUGAAGGAAAUUCAUGCGCCAAUUCUUGGACUUUGGGGAGUUAAGAUUGUGGUCGUUGCCAUUUUUGUUGCAUUUACGUUAGCAAGCAUUGCAUUAUGCACAAGGAUUGAACGCGGUCUAGAGCAAAAGAUUGUUCUUCCUAGGGAUUCCUACCUUCAGGGUUAUUUCAAUAACAUCUCAGAGUACCUCAGAGUUGGACCACCAUUAUAUUUUGUUGUUAAAGAUUAUAACUACAGCUUGGAAUCCACACAUACAAACCAGCUAUGCUCUAUUAGCCAUUGUGAUUCAAACUCUCUAUUGAACGAGAUAUCUAGGGCAUCUUUGGUACCAGAAUCAAGUUACAUUGCCAAACCUGCUGCCUCAUGGCUUGAUGAUUUCCUUGUAUGGCUAUCACCAGAAGCUUUUGGUUGCUGUAGAAAAUUUAGAAACGGCUCUUAUUGCCCUCCUGAUGAUCAGCCACCUUGCUGUUCACCAGAUGAAGGCCCGUGUGGGUUUGGUGGAGUGUGCAAAGACUGUACUACUUGUUUCCGCCACUCAGAUUUGGUUAAUGACCGUCCGACUACUGCACAAUUCAGAGAAAAGCUUCCAUGGUUUCUUGAUGCGUUGCCAUCAGCUGACUGUGCAAAGGGUGGUCAUGGGGCCUAUACCAAUAGUGUGGAUCUAAAGGGUUAUCAAAGUGGUGUCAUACGGGCAUCUGAGUUUCGUACAUAUCACACGCCACUUAACAGACAGGGUGAUUAUGUGAAUGCAAUGCGAGCUGCACGGGAUUUUUCCAAAAAAAUUUCUGAUUCUUUAGAGAUGGAUAUAUUUCCAUACUCGGUGUUCUAUAUCUUCUUUGAACAGUAUCUGGAUAUUUGGAAGAUAGCCCUGAUCAACAUUACUAUAGCACUUGGUGCUGUUUUUGUUGUAUGUCUGGUUAUUACUUCCAGCUUGUGGAGUUCAGCGAUCAUAUUAGUUGUUCUGAUCAUGAUAAUUGUGGACCUCAUGGGUGUGAUGGCAAUUCUGGAUAUUCAACUAAAUGCAGUUUCUGUUGUAAACAUUAUUAUGUCAAUAGGGAUUGCUGUUGAGUUUUGUGUUCAUAUAGCACAUGCAUUUAUGGUAUGCUCUGGGGAUAAGAAUCAACGAGCAAAGACAGCACUGUGUACCAUGGGUGCUUCUGUAUUCAGUGGAAUCACUCUUACAAAAUUAGUUGGAGUUCUUGUCCUUUGCUUCUCAAGAUCAGAAAUAUUCGUGGUAUAUUACUUCCAGAUGUAUCUGGCCUUGGUUGUCAUUGGCUUCUUACACGGGCUUGUGUUUCUACCAGUAGCAUUGAGUUUAUUUGGCCCUCCGUCCAAGUACACAAUCACUAAGGAGCAACUGGAAGACAUUCCCCCCACCCCUUCUGAACCGACUCUUUCAGGUUGAAUUUAGAUUUUAGGGUCUGCAACUUGUGUCCUGCUAAUUGCAUCUUUACUGAUCAAGAAAAUUUGUUCUAAGGAUUAUGAUUAGCUUCUCUCUCACUGUAGUUCCAUGUAUAUGAUGUCAGAGCAAUUCUGUGUGGUUUUGGUAGUUUUGACCAUCACAAAUACUAUGCCAUAUGCUUAAUUCAGUUUUUAUUUAAAUAAAGCGCACCUAUUAAAUAUCUUGAUAGAUA